GCUGGCCUGCCCCACACCUGCCCGGAGCUCCUGCUGGGGCUGCCCUGUGGCUCCUGGAGGCCCUGCCUGGGGGGCGGGACACGGCCAGGUGAGCAGCUCAGGUGACAGGUGUGGUGUCUGUGGCUCCUGCAGCCCGGCACCCGACACCUCCAAGCAGACAAUGCUGGCUGUGUCCAGGCCUCCAGGGGAAUAGGCCAUCUUUGUCCACCAAGGAGGCAGCCCCUCCACUGGCUGGGAGGCCCAGACUCUUGGGAGGCCCUGCUGUGGGAAGGGGUGGUCCCUGGCCCAGGGACCCUGAGGUUUGAGACCCAGUCCUUAGUGCCUGAUGUUGGGCUGGUACCCAGGGGGUGACCCGGACACUCCCUUCCCUCCUGGGGGCUGGUUCCUCAUUGGUGACAGGGGACUAAUCACAGCACUUCCCCAUAGGGUUGUUGGGAGGAGUCGAUGGCGUAAUGUACGUAAUGUGUGGCACGGGGUCUGGCGUGGAGCGGGCUGGACGCUGCUCUCCCUGCACGAGGAGGUCCACAGCACGAGGACCCCAGCCAAGUCUCCUGGAUCCCAGGCCACUGUCCUCAGUCCCUGCUUGGAAAGUCGAGGGCUGCCUCUGGAGCUGGCUUGGAAUUAGCAUUUGGCUGCAGAGAGCCCGGUCCCUCUGUGUGGCACUCUAGGGGUCCAGCUGAUGCCCACACGGCCCUCCUCCCCACCUGGCCACGGCCUCGCUGGCAUGGAGCUUCCCCUUCCCUAAAGCCCCACCGGCUGCCCUUGGAGCCUGUGCCCCUGCCCAGGAAAGAAGCCUCGGACACCUAGCAGGAGCCAGUGGCCAGAGUCCCUCCAGCCAAGGACGCUUCCUGUAGGGCCCACCCACCAGCACAGCCAGGAGCAAGCAGAGGGGGGUUCUGCUCCGUCCCCACCCCCUCUUCAUCUGCGCUCAGCCUAUGCCUUAAGCUCCCGGGCUCUGCCAGGCUCAGCAUGCGAGGUUGCAUGGGGGGCUGCGGGGGUGCCUGCAUGCAGCGUGGGGCUGGGGGCCACGGCGUGUCCCGUGUCGCAGGCAGGCGCUGGGCAUGUUCAUGGAGAUGUGUGUGGUGCACCUUGGAAUGACAGGACACGGGGCCUGCUUGUGUCUGUGCGCGUCCGUGUGUCUUUCUACACGUGUGUUGGUACGUUGGUCUGUCUUGUCUCCCCUGUAGACGGGAAGCCCCGAGCAUCGCGCCACCUGGGAAGUUGAUGGUCGUCGAGACCAGGCCAGCCUCACCUGGGGCUCCUGGUCCUGCCCGGGGGUCCUCCAGACUGCAGCCUCGGCCGAGGAGGGGGACGAAGAGCGGGGGAGGCGGGAUCGGGGGCCCCGGGGACACCGCCUAUCCCGCCCCUCACCCGGACCCGCAGCCUCAUGGCCAUGUCCCUGCCAGGGAGUAGACGGGCCUCUGCCGGAUCCCGCAGUGGGAGUACUUUGGGCCGCAGCGGCCUGGCUGUGUUCGCCCAGUGUCCGCAGCUGCCCACCAGCCAGAAUGAGCACCUGCCUCUUCUCCCCGCCCCCAGGCGCACCUCGCCCCCGGUGAGCGUGCGGGACGCCUACGGCACCUCCUCCCUCAGCAGCAGCAGCAACUCGGGCUCCUGCAAGGGCAGCGACAGCAGCCCCACCCCCAGGCGCUCCAUGAAGUACACGCUGUGCAGCGACAACCAUGGCAUCAAGCCCCCCACCCCCGAGCAGUACCUGACGCCGCUGCAGCAGAAGGAGGUCUGCAUCCGCCACCUGAAGGCCCGGCUGAAGGACACCCAGGACCGGCUCCAGGACCGGGACACAGAGAUCGAUGACCUGAAGACGCAGCUGUCGCGCAUGCAGGAGGACUGGAUCGAGGAGGAGUGCCAUCGAGUGGAGGCCCAGCUGGCCCUGAAGGAGGCCCGCAAGGAGAUCAAACAGCUCAAGCAGGUCAUCGACACGGUCAAGAACAACCUGAUCGACAAGGACAAGGGGCUGCAGAAGUACUUUGUGGACAUCAACAUCCAGAACAAGAAGCUGGAGACGCUGCUGCACAGCAUGGAGGUGGCCCAGAACGGCAUGGCCAAGGAGGACGGCACCGGGGAGUCCGCCGGCGGGUCCCCCGCCCGCUCCCUCACCCGCAGCUCCACCUACACCAAGCUCAGCGACCCUGCUGUCUGCCAGCCUGGUGAUCCCCCCAGCGCCUCCGCCGAGGAUGGACCUGACAGUGGCUUUGUGGCCGCUGAUGACACGUUGAGCCGGACGGAUGCCCUGGAGGCCAGCAGCCUGCUCUCAUCCGGGGUGGACUGCGGCCCCGAGGAGGCCUCGCUGCACAGCUUCAACCUGGGGCCCCGCUUCCCGGCCAGCAACACCUACGAGAAGCUUCUGUGCGGCAUGGAGGCCGGCGUGCAGGUCAGCUGCCUGCAGGAGCGCGCCAUCCAGACGGACUUCGCGCAGUACCAGCCCGACCUGGACGCCAUCCUGGAGAAAGUGACCCAGGCCCAGGUCUGUGGGACAGUUCCCGAGGACAGGCACCGGGAGCCAGAUCCCCACCCCCCAGGGCCCAGAGACCCCGAUUCAGCAGUGGUGGUGACCGUGGGUGACGAGCUCGAGGUCCCGGAGCCCAUUACCCACGGGCCCACCGCGCACGGGCCUGGAGCCAACCCCAGCCCCGGCCCGUCAGUGAGCGUGGUGUGCCCCGUGGAGGAGGAGGAGGAGGCCGCCCCGGCCGAGAAGGAGCCCAAGAGCUACUGGAGCCGCCACUACAUCGUGGAUCUGCUGGCCGUGGUGGUGCCGGCCGUGCCCACGGUGGCCUGGCUCUGCCGCUCCCAGCGGCGCCAGGGCCAGCCCAUCUACAACAUCAGCUCCCUGCUGCGGGGCUGCUGCACGGUGGCCUUGCACUCCAUCCGCAGAAUCAGCUGCCGCUCGCUGAGCCAGCCGGGGCCCAGCUCGGCCAGCGGGGGCUCCCAGCUCUGAGGAGGCCUGUCCCCGCAGCACCCGGCCGCCUGACCACUGAUUGUAGGGAUGCCCUCCUCCCCUCGCCUGUCCCCAUGGGUAUCUUCUUAUUUAUUUAGUUUUGGGUUUGGAACCAUUUUUACCCCCCAACAUUACCAGGGUCCAGGAGAAGGGCUUGGGGGAGACACCCCAAGACUUCCCGAGAGAGAAAGGUAAGAAAGGCCAAAGACCAGGAGUGAGGGGCGCACUGAGUGGGCAAACUGCAGAGAGAGAAGCUGGUGAGGGCCCCCUGUGUCCACCUGGCCCUUGAGACAGGGUGGGCCCUGCUUAGGAAGUCUCUGCUCUGGGGAGGCUUCCCCCCUGCACCAUCCUGUCCAGUGGCCUGUCCACUCCAUGUCCUCUCUCCCAAGUCACCCCUUGCCCUGCGCCCAGGUUUCUGGGCCAAUAUUAUCCCUUCAGAUGGAGGCAGCCGUGGCCCAAAGUGCAGACAGCUGACCCACGGACUCGGGGCAGGGUCUGGAUCCCAGGCCUGGGCUGGAGCUCCAGUGCCCCCGGCCUGCCCGCCCCUUGGGAUUCAGAAGCAUGGGGCUGCCGGGGGCAGAAAGCAGGGUGGGCUCUGUGUCUGUCUGUCCUCCCAGGCCCUCCCCACCAUCCACUUUCCUCUUGGUGUUUCUGGGUGUGUCCGAUCGUUCUUCUGUGAGAGAGCUAAGCCCCACGGGCUCGGUGCUGCUGGGCGGGGACCCUCACCCGAGACAAGGUCCCAUCGCAAGUAUCCACCAGCAGGAAAGGCGUCAGGGGCAGGGCGGUCCAGGGAGCCCUCCACCUUCUGAGAUGAGGCCAUCUCAUCUGCUGUCUGCGAGGCCUGGCCGGACUCAGGAAUCCUCGGCCAGUUUGAAAAGCCGGAGGCCCCCACGGCCCCUGGAGCUUGCCCGAGUUUCUCUGGGGGCCUCGGGCCCAACUUCUCCCUUGCACUACGUUCACUUUGGGGACUGGUUCUCCCUCAUCCCAGGACCUCCAGAGAGGUGGCUGCUUUCUUUCCGGGAUGAAUGUCCUUGUGUCUUCAACCUAUCUGCCUCGGAGGAGGGUGCAGAUUCUGGCAGAUCUCAAAACGGGGUCCAGAAGCCAUGGGGUUUGUCCAGGCCACCGCAGGGACGUGUUUCCCGGGCAGGGGCCUGGCAGAGGGGGUUGGAACUCUGCAGCCACCUUCCCCCUGCCCAAGCCCAAGCCCAGUCAGCCUGGGAAGCUCACUGUCCCCAACCCUUGCCUGGAAUCCCGUGGGAGACCCCAGAAAGCCGGUGAUGUCAAUUGCCAUGACUAGUUUACAAAGUCACAUCCCUCCGGUCAUCGGACCCACCUGCCAGACGUCAGGUCUCACAUGGGGAGUUGGCAGGACCCUAGGUCUCACUUGGUCCUCUGGCCUAGGGGCCACUCCCUGCCAAGGUGGCUUGCCCUCACCCCACUGCCUGACUCUCGGGCUCUGCCCUUCCGCUCCGUGCCCUCCCCGCGAGGGGGCACCUGCAUGCCCUGGGAAUGGGCAGCAGCCCAGCCAUUGGGGCAGGAGCCCCCCCACGCGCUUUGUGCCUCCAAAGACCCCCACCUCGUUUGGGGCCUCAGGCCAGCCCUCCUUCGCGCAGCUCACCCCCCCAGCUGAAUCAAGCCCGAAUGCCUGGGGCCUGCUGGGGCCGCCCCACAGGACACUGGGCUCGUGCCAUGGAGGAGGCAGGGAACAAAAACAAUCCAAAGCCGAGCCAGGACUGGCCACGGACCCAGCCUCCCGAGCCGUGUCCUCAUGGAGCUGCGUAGCGUCUCCCUAAACAUAGUCAAAGCUUUGCAGACAAAAUAAAUGUACGAACUCAUCUGACGCCAUAGAAUCUACGUGUUUUCCACUGGGACUUAGUCGAGCUCUGCGCCCCUCUGCCCCUGUCCGCGUCUCGCUGUCUGUGGCCUUCCUAGUGUGUCUGUGUGUCGGUGGACGUGGGCAGGGUGCCUGGGGCUCUAGGCCACUCUGCCCCGCUGCUCGAGAAGCCGCUUGGAAAGCGCUGGGCAGUGGGUGGGCCUGAGGCCCGUGGAGGAGGGGACGGGGCUGGCGGACGCCUCGACUCCUGCUCUGGGCCAGACCUGCGUGGGUCAGGGGGCCCAGCCCAUCGUGUUGGGUCCCCUCUGUGGGUCUGCUGGAGCCUUUCUCAGGCUUCUCUUCUUGCCAGUGGAGAAUGCAGCUCACUGCCCAGCCCUGGGACAGACCUGGGCCCGCACGGCUGGUGCCCUGGUCCAGCUCCUGGGCCUGUGUGACUCAGUAUCCUGCAUCUAUGCAAAGGGGCAGUGCUGCCCGAAUAGUUCCCAGAGGUGGCUGAGCAGCAGCCUGCUGGCUCCAACUCCCGGCCCUGACGAGCGGGGCCCCGGACAAGGGCCUGGGAGGGCAAGGCUGGGGCCGGGGGCUGGGCCUCCCCAGAGCACUGAUCCUCCAAAGCUCCCCUUUCCCUUCUGCUUGACCCUCCUCCUGUCGGGGUGUGGCCCUCCCACCUGCACUUGGCUUCUGGAGUAGAAGUUGUCAGGACCCCCCUCCCAGCCCUGGCUGGAGCCGAUAAGUCCUGAGGAACGACAUCCUCAGGAACCAUGGUCUAGAACUGUUAGUCCCUGGGAGCCCAGAGGCCAGAAGCAGCUUCUCCGUAGUUCAGGACCAGGGCAGCCCUGAUGCCCCUCUGGUCACAGCUCAGGCAGGAAAUGGGAGCUGGGCCCGGGCUUCUGCACGGAGAGCUGACCCUGAGCAGAGUUUAGGACCAGUAUCUCCCAAGGGAGUAGCUUAGACUUUCACAGAGCACCCUCCCGGGCACCACGAGCACAGGGGCGUCUGGCAGCACUUGGGGGAGGGGUGGGGCAACUUACAAAGUUCUAGACCAACACCUGCCGCGAACUCACGACUCCCUCUCUGACCUGGGGACAAUGCCAUCGGGUCACAGUGCACUCUUAUAUUAUUAGACCAUUGACGGACAGUUCAGGGGGCGUGGGAAGCGGGAGAUGGGGAGGGUCCUGACUCUCGUCCCCUUUGUCCUUUGUUCAGAGUCCUACCUGCACCAGACAGCUCUGAUUAAAGCAUGAGCACACAGCAA